CCAAAAAGAAUCCACACUCUCACCCAACUAACCAACACCUUCUUUCUUUCCUUCCUUCCUUCCGCUUACUAGAUUUUCAAGAAUUCUGGAUAUCGAAUAACCGUAAAAUGCAACCGGAUAUUAGAAAGUGGUUCAUGAAGCAACAUGAUAAAGGAAACGAUAAUGGCAACUCACCAAAGUCUGCAAAACCCGCACUUGCAAUACCAGGAAAAGUGCCGACUGCUAAAGACGCCGCACCAUCAUCUGUGAAAUCUGUACAAGGAGGUCAAGAAAGUUCAGGGAGACGGAGAACGAGUAAAUAUUUUGCCAAUGAAAAACAAAAAGAAGAGGAUGUCACCGAAGUAUCUGGAGUUGCAGCGAAAAGAAAGGUACAACAGUCUUCGGCGGAUGUAAAGCCUCCACCUGUAAAGAAGGCGUACAUUAUAAAUAAUGACGAUGAUGAUGAUGAUUUUGUACCUUCCAAGACUGGAAAAAGCUCUGUUGAGUCAACUCCGAGUAAGAAACUGAAAAGUGGAUCAGGUAAGGGGGUUCCUCGUGCGACUGCGAAAGAAAGUGAUGAUGCAGAUGUUGUUGAUGAUGUCCCGACUCCUAAAUCUGCUGGAAGAGGUCGUGGUAGAAGAGGUGGGUCAGUUGGCGGAAGAAGUACAAAGGUAGACCUUGAUGAGGUUGAUGAUGACGACGAUGCUAAAGAGGUUAAGUCUGGUGGUCGUGGACGAGGUGGAAGGGGUGGUUCAUCGGCGGCAGGUGGUGGAAGGGGUGGUGGACGUGGCGGUUUUAUGGCUUUUGGUGAAAGAAAAGAUCCUCCUCAUAAAGGAGAAAAGGAAGUUCCUGAAGGCUCUUCUGAUUGUUUAGCUGGUUUGACUUUUGUCAUCAGUGGUACACUUGAUAGUUUGGAAAGAGAAGAGGCUGAAGAUUUGAUUAAACGCUAUGGUGGCCGUGUUACCGGAUCAAUUAGCAAGAAAACGAAUUACCUCUUAUGCGAUGAAGAUAUUGGGGGAAGGAAGUCAGCAAAAGCAAAAGAGCUAGGUACACGCUUUCUUACCGAGGAUGGGCUGUUUGAUAUGAUUCGUGCAUCUAAUCGUUCAAAAGUUGCCACUAAAGAAGACAAUAAAAAACAAGUGGACAAGAUUGCUGCUACUCAACCAAAGGCCAGUCCUCAGAAAGCAGUAAAUAAGACUUAUGAACCUCCUGUCAAGGGUAAAGCUACCACACAUGCUGGUCCAGGUGUUUCUCCAGCUAAGCGGAAAAAACAAAUUGUUGGCUCUUCAUUGCCAUGGACGGAGAAGUACAAACCAAAAGUUCCAAAUGACAUUAUAGGGAACCAGUCACUGGUGAAGCAGCUUCAUGAUUGGUUAACUCAUUGGAAUGAUAAUUUUCUGAAUGGUGCCAGCAAGGGGAAGGGGAAAAAGCAGAGUGAUUCAGGGGCAAAGAAGGCAAUACUAUUAAGCGGUACACCUGGCAUAGGGAAGACUACAUCCGCAAAGUUGGUUAGUCAGAUGCUUGGUUACCAGACUAUUGAGGUUAAUGCCAGUGACAGCCGUGGAAAGGCUGAUGCCAAAAUUGAAAAGGGAAUUGGUAGUAGUACUGCUAAUUCCGUAAAAGAACUCGUCAGUAAUCAAUCCCUGAGUGUUGACAUGAAUCACACGAAGCAUCCAAAGGCGGUGCUGAUUAUGGAUGAGGUUGAUGGUAUGUCUGCUGGAGAUAGGGGUGGCGUGGCUGAUCUAAUUUCCAGCAUCAAAAUAUCCAAAAUUCCUAUAAUUUGUAUAUGCAAUGAUCGAUACAGUCAGAAGUUAAAGAGCCUUGUCAAUUACUGCUUACUCCUAAGCUUCCGCAAACCAACAAAACAACAGAUGGCAAAGAGAUUGGCACAAAUUGCCAGUUCAGAAGGUGUUCAAGUAAAUGAGAUUGCGCUUGAGGAACUUGCUGAAAGAGUUAAUGGAGAUAUGCGCAUGGCUCUGAAUCAAUUGCAAUACAUGAGUCUUUCCAUGUCCAACAUUAAGUUUGACGACAUAAGACAACGACUUCUUAGUAGCUCCAAGGAUGAGGAUAUAUCUCCCUUUACAGCAGUUGAUAAGCUCUUUGGUUACAAUGCUGGUAAAUUGAGGAUGGAUGAGCGGUUUGAUCUUAGCAUGAGUGAUCCAGAUCUAGUACCUCUUCUUAUACAGGAAAAUUAUAUUAAUUACAGGCCAAGUGCGCUUGGAAAAGAUGAAAAUGGGGUCAAGAGAAUGAACUUACUUGCACGUGCUGCUGAUUCCAUUGCAAGUGGGGAUAUAAUCAAUGUACAAAUAAGAAGAUACCGUCAAUGGCAGCUGUCUCAAAGUAGUUCUCUUACGUCUGCUAUAAUCCCGGCUGCUCUGCUGCGUGGACAAAGGGAAAUACUUGCACAGGGUGAACGGAACUUUAACAGAUUUGGAGGGUGGCUUGGAAAGAACUCUACAAUGGGAAAGAAUUACAGGCUCCUUGACGAUGUGCAUGUUCAUCUGCAAUCAUCUCUACAAUUCAACUUGGGCAGGUCAACCUUGUGCCUUGAUUAUCUAUCUCUUCUUCUAAAACACAUGACUGAUCCACUGAAGAUGCUUCCUAAGGAUGAAGCUGUUGAAAAGGUUGUGGAGUUUAUGGAUACAUACUCCAUUAACCAGGAGGACUUUGAGUCGCUGGUGCUUAUGUCUAAGUUUCAGGGGCAUCCAAAUCCACUGGAUGGUGUUCAGCCUGCUGUGAAGUCUGCAUUAACAAAAGCAUACAAGAUAGGAAGCAAGUCACGUGUGAUUCGUACGGCAGACAUGAUCACACUUCCAGGCAUUAAAAAAGCUCCAAAGAAACGAGUCGCAGCGAUGCUAGAACCAGUAGAUGAUGGUCCAGGGGAAGAGGGUGAUGCCACUGCAGAAAAUGAAGAAAACAACUCGGAUGCAGAGGAUUUAGAAGGUACAGACGAGGGAGAGGAAAAGCCAAAAGUGGACAUUAACAGUCUUAGUUCCAAAGGAAUUCAAAUACAAACGGAGUCAAAGGCUACAGGCACAAAGAGGGCCCCUGCAGGUAGGGGAAGAGGGGGCGGUGCUGCUAGUUCUUCCAAACGAAAAAGGUAGAGAACAGGUUCUGUGGGCACCACGACUUCAAAUAACUUUGGUUUUAUGUGACAUUUGAGUACAAGACUACAAAUUAUGCUUCAUCCUUUUUUCCCUCUUGUUGGGGUUUGUAAGCAACUGAUAAAAUGUAAAGUUUUGGAGGCAGAAUGUAUAUAUGAUUUAGAUUUUAGAUGUGGUACUUCGGUUGUGUCAUGCAUCUUGGGUGCAAAUUCUAUGGUAUUUUAAAUUGUGAUUCAUUUUUAGUA